AUGUUUGAUUUUGAUAUUACAACGUUAGAAUAUGAACAACAAAAGGAUAAAACCACUCAAGAUCUAACUGAACAAGUGAAAAAGAAUCCAACGAUUGCUUCAUAUGAUGUUAUUGAUGAUGUAUUAUAUAAACUUAUAUCAAGAGGUGGUGCCGAACAUAUUAAAUUACCAUACAUACCGCAAUCAAUGAUUCCAAAUGUAAUGGCUGCCUACCAUGAUCAUCCAUCAAGUGGACAUUUUGGCAUUAAACGUACAUGGUAUAAAUUAAAAGAUCGUUAUUUUUGGCCCAACAUGAUGUCAACAAUUACAAAUUAUAUUAGAUCAUGUCACCAAUGUGCCAAAUUUAACAUUCGAAGACGAAAACUACCUGGAAAAUUACAUCCUAUUACACCACCGGAUGGAAUCUUUGAGGUUAUCGGAAUGGACUUUUGGGGUCCAAUGUCUCUUCCAUCGUCACAGGACAAUCGGUAUGUGCUGGUGAUAACAGAUUAUGUAUCAAAAUAUGUCAUCGCCAAAGCUGUACCAAAUAAUUCAGCAACAACAACAGCUCAAUUCAUCGUGGAAGAAGUUAUACUAAAAUAUGGGGUACCACGAAAAAUAAUCACAGAUCAAGGUACACAUUUUAAAAAUGAAUUGAUGGAAAAAAUUGCAUUUUUAAUGGAAUUUAAACAUGCAUUCGCAACAACAUAUCAUCCACAAACGAACGGACAGGUGCAACGAUUUAAUGCAACAUUUUAUCCACAGUUAGCAAAAUUACACGAUGACAAUCUUAAUAAUUGGGAUGAGUAUUUACCAGCGUGCAUAUUUCCAUAUAAUACUGGACUACACAGUAACAUUAUUCAUCAACAACAAUUGUCUAAACAACGCUAUGAUCAACAAAGAGCGGAUCCGACUUAUAAACCCGGCGAUCUGGUCUUCAUUAAACAACUUGGUAAACGUCCAAAAUUUGGUGAAUUGUAUUCAGGGCCGUUUAAAGUUUUACAUCAACAACAUCCUCUUACAUACUCAAUUGGAAGAUGA